GUGGAGUGAAAAGUGCCUUCGGGAUAUUAUUGGAAGAUAAACCAGAUACAACUGCAUCACAAUGAAAGCUACAAUGGGAUUAUUUGUUUUCGUGAUCUUGAUAUGUUCAAAAGCAGCCCUGUGCGCGAACGUAAAGGCGUUUGGAACUACUAAAGCGUAUGUACACGAAGAGGCGACCUUUUCCUGCACCCUCCCGGAAACGGCCGGCGUUUUGCAAGUCACAUGGCAGAAGACUUACAAAGACGACCGGACUGCCGAGAACCUGGCAACCCACAGUGAAAAAUAUGGAACUACUAUCUUACCGUCAUACUCGACGAGAGUGAACCUCUCUGACGCCGACCUGAGAACCACAAGAAUAACUCUGCGGAAUGUGACACUGGAAGACGAGGCAUGCUACAUAUGUUCAUUUAAUGCCUACCCAAAUGGAUCUAUACGAGGACAAAUCUGCCUGACUGUAUACAGUAAGCCCGAAAUCAGAGCCGAGCAACGUGAGAUUUCAUCCUCGGCUGUUUCGGAAAAGAAAGUGAUGUUCAUGUGCUCGGCCACGGGCAAGCCGGCCCCCGAGAUCCGAUGGAACGUGACCGAGAGCCUCGCCAAACUCGCCGCCCAGCAGAGCGUGGAAAACGCCGACAAGACCCUAACUGCAACCAGCAACCUCACACUGGAGCUGUCACAGUUGCAAGACGGAUAUGUAGACUGCGUUGUCAGCACUCCUGGACAGACAGAACAAAUUCACAAGCGUAUAUACUAUGAAAAGGAAAGAAUACCAGAGCCUCCUAAGGGCCAUUCUUUUGAAGUCAUGGGCAUCGUCAUUGCGGUAGUUCUAAUAACCACUGUGGCUGUCAUUCUGGUCAUGAGGAAAGCAAAACGCACUGGGCCUUGUAUGGAAUUAGCCUCAAAUGGAAGGCAGUGGAUUGGAGAGAGAUGCCCUUUUUUUAUAUGUGCAACUGAAGCUGGCUCACAACAGCCUGUCGCAGGUGACCAGAUUUUGUGAUCUCAGUGGAAAGGCAUAGAGUCCAUGAUCCAUGAUUUUUUUUUAAUAAAAUGAUUUCACAGAAUGAAACAAACUUCAUAUUUGUUGCACAAACAAUGUAUGAAUUAUGUUAAAAGACAAUAAGGAUGUCAAAUUUGCUGCGCUUUUCUGAAACACUACAAUUGCUAACAUGUUUGUGCAGAGUUGCUUCAGAUGAGUUUCUUUAUGGCUGCUAGAAAAAGCAUCUUGUCACCUUCUUGUGAUGCAUUUGCAAGAGACCUCUGCCUUAUUUGAUUACCAGAAUUGGAGAAGGAGAUCUGCAAUGAUAUGAGGAUGUGUCUUACAAGACAGCAUCAGCUAUAGGAAGCGUUUCUUAUUUCCUUUCUAGUGCCCAAAUCAAACCAAAUCCUGCAGCUUUGGGAACAGACUGAAGUCAUAAACCUUUAAUCAACAUGUCUGUUUUGAACUGAUGUUAUGACAUAAAUGUAAACUGAGUGUCUUACAGGCGAGUGUCUGCAACAUAAAAAGGCCAAGAGCAUUUAAAAAAUCAUAGAAGAAACUAAAAACAGCACUUAAAUGUUAGAUAAGGAGAUAAAAUGUUUAAAAUACAAAUUUGUAGCAAUGGAGUUGUGUGGCUAGGGGAAAAUGUCAGGGGUUUUAUAUUGUUUUGUUUGAUUGUUAUUGUGCGGAGGGUAAUUUUGCAGUUAUAAAUUCGCAAUACAAAUUAAACCAAAAUAAAAAAACUUAACAGAGAACAAUAGAUCAAAAGCAAUAGGAAUAUAAUGAAUUUCUGCUGCGAUGAGAUUAAAUGUCUUGUCCAAUUCAGGGCUCACAUGUUAAGAUUUAAAAAAGUCUUGAAAACCACACUGUCAGUGUUCUACCUCUGUAACUGUUUAUUCCAUGUGUACUGUUGCACUUUUGUGUAUAUAUGUAUGAAAUGUAUUUAAUGUUAUAUUUUAAUUUAACUACAUUACAAAAUGGUUUAUAUAUGUAAUAGUGUUAUAAGUAAUGAAAGAUGUUAGAAGAAAUAUCCCUUUGGUAACUACAUGUUUUCAGUAUUAAUAGGUAUGUGUUGAGGCAAGCUGUUUCCUAAAUUGUAUUAUGUACAAUGUGUUCUUUUUUCAUUGCUUGCAUUGUUUUUCCAAUAAUGCACUGUCAAUGCAUAGCCUAGUCACAGUUUCUCUUCUUAUGCCUUUUUAUUAUGUUUUUUUUUUUUGAGGGAGAGGUGGAUACAAUAUAAGAAUGUAAAAACGAACAAAUACAUUUUAACUUAAAUUAAAUUGUAUUUAAGUAAAUUUAAGUAAAAAAUAAAUUUUAAUCCUGUGGACACAAACUCCCUGGAAUAUUCCACUAUAUACUGUUUAGGUCCUUUCCUGCUCUUUCCUGAGACCUAAACACAACUCUUCUCUUUGUUUCUCCUCAAGUCAUUUUCCCAUCUUCAGAUGACAGUAACCUUGUUACCUUGACUACCUGUAUCUCAGCAAUACAGAUUUCCCUCCUUCCUCUAUUGUCAGUUAAGGUUGUAAAUUGUAUGUUGAAAUGUAAUUUGUAGCCAGUUGUUAUAUUGAUACUGAAUCAGGAAGUUGGAGAAAUAAAAGAGAAAGAGCUGUAAAAUAAAAUAAUGUGUUUAAAAGUAUGCUGUGAAAUAAAAUGUUUUGAA